AUGCACAUCGACUCGCUACACAUCCCGGGCUUUUAUUUUACCUCGACCCUCUCGCUUUUGGAAUUCUCGAUUCGACAAACAAAAGCCCACAGUCGAUGCAGAAAGCCAGACGACCUUCUACUACCUUACACACCCACCCGGCUUCCCCAGCCAUCCAAUCAUCCUACCCUAAAAGCCGACAUUACAUCGACGCAAGUGACGCUACCCCAGCACAUUGAGAGAUCAGUACCAGAUAUACAGCCUGUUAGCGGUGGCCUGCAAAUUCGCUCCGACCCGGCGGCCGUCCAGAGCGGUUCGCUCUGGCGGGAUCCAUGCAUCGGAGGCACACUGGCGGGCAACUACCGUGUAGGAGACUACAAUGUCGAUUACUCUACCCAGGAGUCGCAUCCGGGCGAGCAAAACCAGCAGCAACACGCUUACGAGACAUCGACGCACCACCAAACGCACCAAAAUACUCUGCACCAUCCGAGAGCCCCGCCUAGCGGGCUCCAUGACCCUCCCGAGCAGCAUACACCGACGCAUCACGCUCACCACCCCGUCAUGUCGCAACACCACCCCCAUCAUCCUCACCAAGUGCUGAUGGACCCAUCGCACAUGGGCCAUCAGAGGCACACACUGGGGCCUCCCCAUUUCGGCGGGCCUGGCCCGGUCGUGGCGCCUUUGUACCCGUCGAUGUCGACGCCCACGCAACCGACGCACCCUUCCCAUGGGGCCGGCGUAAAACGACCUCGACCCGACGACCUUGACCUCUCGGUGCCAGGAAUCCCCGACUUAGAGCAGCCCGAUCUAGAUGGAAUGCCGCAAGGUGCCGGGCGCGCCACCGACCCAUCACCACCACCGACUCCCGGAUACGGGUCCCCUUCCAAGAUGAUGAGGCGUGAUGGCGAUGGUGGAGGAGGAGGUGCGCCCAGCAUGGUUGGACAAGCCGGUAUGCCGGCACCUGCCGCGAGGCCGCGGGGCCCGAAACUGAAGUUCACGCCGGAAGACGACCAGCUUUUGAUCGACCUAAAAGAAAAUAAGAGCCUGACGUGGAAACAAAUCGCGGAUUUCUUCCCUGGCAGGUCCUCUGGAACCCUCCAAGUGCGGUACUGUACGAAGCUGAAGGCCAAGACCACUCAGUGGACAGAUGAAACGGACCAAAAGUUACGCGCGGCUCUUCAAGACUACGAGAACGAAAAGUGGCGCAUCGUCGCCAACAAGGUCGGAACUGGCUUCACUCCAGUCGCAUGCCGAGAGCGGGCGGCCCAGUUGAUGGGAGAGAGCUUAUAG